CGCAGACUACAUCUCCCAAGAUGUCCCCAUCAGCUCCGACUAUGCUUCCAACCCUUCAGGCGUUGCAGCCAACGCAGUGCACGCUGGGACUUGUAGUCUCCUCGUGGUUGCUAAACGAGGACGAGACUAGUUCUUUAAAGCGUCAGGUCUGUCUAGUCGCUACAACUACGGGCCCGAGGACUUCCCCUUUCGGGACCGCAUGGGCUUUUAGGGCGAACCCUGAAAAACCGCUCACCGUCAGAAGCCGUUGGAGCUGAAGCUGCACCAUCAUCACUGCCGGCCGCCAUGACACCACGCUUCCCUAGCCUGAGUCGUCUAUGGUUACGCAGGACUUCCGUUCGUCUCCAGGCACGACUUGGGCAGACAGGAAUGGGGAGGGGUCUCGCCUUCCCGGUAGUUGUAGAGACGGACUUCCGUUCAGACCUCCCGGGCUUGGUGCGGAGAGAGGGCCUAGCGCGCGCUGAGAGCCUAUUGGCUGGUGAGUCCGGCUCGAUCUCGGAUUGGCCGGAGCCGCGCCUCCUGGAAUGCCGGGAGUCGCGCGCGGUGAACGCGCUGGAGGCCAUCAUGAGGAAGCCACGAGCAGCUGUGAAGAGUGGUCACAGUAAGCAGGCAUCCAGGCAGGAGGAAAGGGAAAAAUAUGCCCCCAGCAGCAGCCAGGUCAAGCCUGUUGUUCCUGAUGUGAUGAGGGAAGCCCUAAGUGGGAGUGCACUGCCACAGGAGGCCGUGUCCUGGGUCUCUGCAGGUGUGGUCAGGCAGGAGAAAGAGGUGUUGCAGGCCUCUGUCUCCCCAUACCAUCUGUUCAGAGAAACAGCUGAAGUCCUAGCCUUCCGGGGCAGCCUGCUGAGCUGGUAUGACCAAAAGAAGCGGGACCUGCCGUGGAGAAGACGGGCAGAGAAUGAGACCAAUCUGGACGUGCGGGCAUAUGCUGUGUGGGUGUCAGAGGUUAUGCUGCAGCAGACCCAGGUUGCCACGGUGAUCAACUACUAUACCCGAUGGAUGCAGAAGUGGCCAACACUACAGGACCUGGCCAGUGCUUCCCUGGAGGAGGUGAAUCAGCUCUGGGCUGGCCUGGGCUACUAUUCUCGAGGCCGACGGCUGCAGGAGGGAGCUCGGAAGGUGGUUGAGAAGCUAGGGGGCCACAUGCCACGUACAGCAGAGACCCUGCAGCAGCUCCUGCCUGGUGUGGGGCGGUACACAGCCGGAGCCAUUGCCUCUAUCGCCUUUGGCCAGGCAACCGGUGUGGUGGAUGGGAAUGUAAUACGGGUGCUGUGCCGUGUCCGAGCCAUUGGUGCUGAUUCCAGCAGCACCCUUGUCUCUCAGCAGCUCUGGAGCCUAGCACAGCAGCUAGUGGAUCCAGCUCGGCCAGGGGACUUCAAUCAAGCAGCCAUGGAGCUGGGGGCCACAGUGUGUACUCCGCAGCGCCCUCUGUGCAGCCAAUGUCCUGUACAGAACCUGUGCCGGGCACACCAGAGGGUAUUGCGGGAGCAGCUCUCAGCCUCACAGAGCCUGCCAGGCAGUCCUGAUGUGGAAGAGUGUGCUCCCAACACUGGACAGUGCCAGCUAUGCCCACCUCCCACAGAACCCUGGGAUCCCAUCCUGGGAGUAGCCAACUUUCCUCGAAAGGCCAACCGCAAGCCUCCCAGGGAAGAGCAUUCUGCCACUUGUGUUCUGGAGCAGCCCAAAGCUCUUGGGGGUGCCCGUGUUCUGCUGGUGCAGAGACCCAACUCAGGUCUGCUGGCAGGACUGUGGGAGUUCCCAUCUGUGACCCUGGAGUCCUCAAAGCAGCAUCAACGCAAGGCCCUGCUACAGGAACUGCAGAGUUGGGUUGGACCCCUCCCAGCCGCCCACCUCUGGCACCUUGGGGAGGUGACCCACACCUUCUCUCACAUCAAGCUGACUUAUCACGUAUAUGGUCUGGCCCUGGAAGGGCAGACCCCGGUGACCACACCACCUGGUACUCGCUGGCUGACCCGGGAAGAAUUUCACACUGCAGCUGUCUCCACUGCUAUGAAAAAGAUAUUCCGCAUGUAUGAAGACCAUCAGCCAGGGACCUGCAAGGGUUCCAAAAGGUCCCAGCUGUCCACUCUGCAAAGCCGGAAAAGGCCCAGCCGGGGCCAGCAAGUCCUGUAUAGUUUUUUCCAGCCUUGUGUCCCCGCCAAUGCACCUGGCCUCAACAGUGCAGUCUAGAUCACUGCCUCUGGAAGCCCCUACC